AUCAAAUUUCUUUGUAUCUACAUUCGUAUGCCAACAAAAAAUUACGCACUCGUUUUUUAAAGUUUAGCAGAAAACAACAUUUAUUCAUGCACACUGAUAAAGAAGCAAAAGGAGAGAAUAUACUUGCUUAUAUGUGAGGCAGCGCAAAACAACAAUUCGCACAAAUUUUUACAUCAUUAAGUAAUGGGAGCAAACGUAAGCAGCACGCUGAUCUAGUAACUGCGACUUACAGAUUAACAAAUCGAGAUAAGCUUACACAGACGAGACAGCCCCGCCUCGGCAACCGCCCCCCGACCCCCGCCAACGGCUGUUGAAGAAGCAAGAAACAAACAAACAACCAAACACACAAAUGCAAAUGUAUUUCUUUGUCUGCAUUUUGCUGGAAUAAUCUUCAACGAGUUAAAUUUUUUUUCAAAAACUAAACCGAACUGCACGACACACAGUGCAAACGAAAACAAUUUCGAAAAAUGUCAACAACUCCAAAUUCCAAUAGUAGUGGCAGCAAUAGCAACAACAAUAGCAAUCCAGGCAACAAACAGCAGCAGCAGCAACAACAACAGGACACAUACAGUGACAGCAGUAGCAUUGAGGAGAAUCUUGAAGCGGCCGAGGAGCGCAGACGUCGAAUAUUAAAAAAUCGCAGUCGGAGCAGCACAUAUAUGCAAAGGCAACAGCACACACACGCACACUCACACACACACACAAUGAACGUCUCAAGCGGCGCAAUUUCCAAGCUCGAUAAAUCCAUGACACCAACAACCAGUGGUGCAGCCGCCGCUGCCGCAGCGGCAGUUCGUAUGGGUCCCCCAGAGCGUAUCUCAAUGCUGGUGGAUGGCGUCCGGUUUACGGUGGAGCAAACACUGCUGACCGCACAUCCAAACACGAUGUUGGGCACAAUGUUUGGCUCGGGAUUUCAGUUUGUGCAUCCCAAUGAGCGUGGUGAAUACGAAUUGGCCGAUGGCAUCUCACAUUUGGUGUUUCGCGCCAUACUUGAGUACUACAAGAGUGGCGUCAUUCGAUGUCCGCCUACCGUUUCGGUGCCGGAGCUAAAAGAGGCCUGUGAUUACCUGCUGAUACCGUUUGAUGCGACAACAGUUCGAUGUCAGAAUCUAAGAGGUCUGCUCCAUGAGCUGAGCAAUGAGGGCGCUCGUCAACAGUUCGAGGUCUUUCUUGAGGAUCUCAUAUUGCCGUUGAUGGUGGCAUCGGCACAACGCGGCGAUCGCGAAUGUCACGUGGUUGUGCUGCUCGACGACGACAUGGUCGAUUGGGACGAAGAGUUCCCACCCCAAAUGGGCGAGGAGUACUGUCAGACUGUGCAUAGCACGGCUAUGCAUCGUUUCUUCAAGUACAUCGAGAAUCGCGAUGUGGCUAAGCAGGUGAUGAAGGAUCGCGGUCUCAAGAAGAUUCGCUGCGGCAUCGAAGGUUAUCCCACGCACAAAGAAAAGAUACGUCGACGUCCUGGCGGUCGUGCCGAGGUCAUUUACAGCUACGUGCAACGACCUUUCAUACACAUGUCGUGGGAGAAAGAGGAGGCCAAAAGUCGCCAUGUGGAUUUCCAGUGUGUUAAAUCGAAAUCAGUUACGAAUCUCGCCGAGGCGAAUGCUGAUCCACCACUUGAACUAGAUGCAAGUGGCAAUCCCAUACCGCCCCCAGCUAUAGCCGUGGUCAAUGCUCAAGCAAAUAACGCUGACAUGGCAGCUGCUGUCGCCAUUGGCAUUGUUGGCGUAGGCGUCGCUGGUGACGCAGUUGCCGCUGUUGUUGCCGUGGACGAAGCUGCCGGCGGCGUUGUCAUGUUAAACGAUCUGGAGCAAGCUGCUGCGGUUGCUGCGGCUCCAGGCAUCGUUGAUGAACAUGUGUAGUAAAGUCGCCCCAAGGGCAAAUAACACACUGCCAUGUUAUAGCUGCACGCACCCAGAACGCUUUCUACGUUUUCAUCCAAAAUUUUGUAUACGCAAAUCAAAAUAAACAAAAAUAAAAAACAAACAAUACGAACAAUUUAUAA